AUGCCUUUGUCAUCAGCCGAACGGUUUCGUCGAUACAUGGCUAAACUGAAACGUGAAGAAAAUCAAUCGUUAUUGAAAAAAUUUCAAGAAAAAGAUGCUGCUCGACAUCGAAAAAGUCGAAAAAUGGACAAACAAGAUCCAGAUAAAAUUGCGAAAAUUCGUGAACAAAAUCGAGCACGACAAGUCAAACGUCGAUUGAAGUUGGCAUCUCAAAAACUUGGCUCACAAUUAAAUCAAUUAUCUAUGUCGUCGCCUUCAACAGCACCAAAAUCCACGUACAAAUCUGUUCAAAGUUUAGCCAAGGCUGUUCAUCGUACAGAACGAGCUCUUCCAGCUAGUCCAAGAAGAAAAGAAGAAAUCAUUCGACAAUUGGCUGUAAAACAUGGAAUAAUUGCAAAAUCUUUGGCACCACCAAAACCAUCAAAAACACCUGGACAUAGUCUUCCUGAAUCAACUAUAAAUAAUGUUGUGAAAUUUUAUCAAUUGAAUGAAAUUAGUAGCACUGCUCCUGGUAAGAAAGAUGUGGUUAUCAUCAGAUCACCCGAUGGCACAAAAGCCAAAAUUCAAAAACGAUAUCUUGUUAUGACGGUCAGAGAAGUUUAUGAACAAUUUAAACUUAUGUAUCCAAAUGAGAAAAUUGGUUCAACUUCAUUCAGUUUACUCCGUCCAAAACACGUUUUACCGAUGGCUGAUAUUCCACAAAAUGUUUGUCUUUGUAAGUAUCACACAAAUAUCGAUUUAUUGUUAACAGCUUUGAGUCCGAUACUGAAUACACCAAAUCUCACAUCACAUUUUCGUGAAGCUGUCGUUUGUGAUAGCAAUGAUGAGAAAUGUAUGUCAUCAAAAUGUAACCAAUGUGGCAAUUUGGAAAAAUUCGACGAUUUAUAUCAAUGCGAUGAUGAACAAGGUGGUGAAAGUUUAUCUUAUUUUCAAUGGGAAACAAUUGAAUCAAAGAUUGUUAAAGUAGAAAAAUCUGGUACAGUCAAAGAUGCAAUUAAAGAUUUAAAAAACCAAACGAAGAAUUUCCUGAUGCAUAGCUUUAUUACUCAUGUUCAAUAUGUACAUUUUCAGGAAUGUCAAGAAAAUGCAAGCCCAACGUCAAUUACUUUACAAGUCGAUUUUUCAGAAAAUUACCGUACAACAUAUCAAGAUGAAAUUCAAAAUGCAUUUUUCAAUUAUAAUCAAGUUGGAUUAUUUACUGCUGUUGCUUGGUUUGGCCAUGAUUCCGAUGUUGUAAGUUAUGCAUUAGUUUCCGAUGAUGUAUCUCAUGAUAAAUAUUCAAUCCAUGUCUGUUUAACACGAAUUAUUACAGAAUUGAAAAAAACGUUUUCUUCAUUGGAAACCGUGAAUAUUUUUUCAGACGGUGCAGCUGCACAAUUUAAACAACGUUUUUCGUUUGCAAACUUAACACUUUUGUCAAAAGAUCAUAAUGUCAAUUUGAUCUGGAAUUUUUUUUCAACUGGACAUGGACGUGGAGCAGUUGAUGGAGUUGGUGGUACGGUAAAACGAUUGGUGUGGAGAGGUGUAAUGGCUAAACAAUGUGUUAUACGUAAUGCAUAUGAUUUUGUCCAGUAUGCAACUGCAGUUAUUACAGAUAUUAAUAUUAUACUUAUCGAUGCACAGCAUAUCAAAGCUCAAUCAUCAUUACUCAAUCAACGAUGGGAUGAAAUUCGAGCUAUUCCAGAUACAUUAAAAAUACAUUAUGUUAAAUCAUUAUCACCUUAUAAUGUCGAAGUAAGACUAUUUAGUAAGUCGAAUGAGAAAAAAACAUUCUGCUUGAAACCAUAA